AACAGGCACUCGCCGGCGUACACGCGGCAUACCUAAAUCCCCGCCGCCGCCGCGUUUUGUGGGGCCGCAAUUCUUCCCGUCCCACCGUCCGGUCGCCGUGAGCGCGUGAUCCUUUCACAACCAUGAUGGUCCCGCUCGAUCCCUCGGACAAGCCCACCUCGCAACGUUGCAUUGCGGACGGCGACACCGUCGUGGUGUACGAGCGCCACGAUGCGAUGCGCGCCGUCGCGGUUCGCGCCGGCGGUGUGCUCCAGAACCGGUUCGGUGUCUUCCGCCACGACGACUGGAUCGGCCGCCCCUUCGGGUCCAAGGUAUUCGGAACAGGUUGCGGCGGCGGCGGAGGCAAGGGCGGAGGCAAGGCAGGCAGUGGGUUCGUGCACCUCCUGGCGCCGACCCCGGAGCUCUGGACUCUGGUGCUCAGCCACCGGACCCAGAUCCUUUACAUCGCUGACAUCAGCUUCGUCGUGGCUUACCUCGAGCUUGUACCCGGUUGCGUUGUUCUCGAGUCCGGUACGGGCAGCGGAUCGCUCACCACUUCGCUGGCACGCGCCGUCGCGCCGUAUGGCCGUGUCCACACCUUCGAUUUCCACGAGCAGAGGGCCGCCUCGGCAAGGGAAGACUUUGAGAAGAAUGGCCUGAGCAGCCUCAUCACAGUCAAUGUGAGGGAUAUACAAGGUGAAGGGUUCCCAGAGGAAUAUUGUGGUGCUGCUGAUGCUGUCUUCCUGGACUUGCCACAGCCUUGGCUUGCAAUACCAUCUGUCGGAUUGAUGCUAAAGAAAGACGGUGUUCUGUGCUCCUUUUCGCCUUGUAUUGAGCAAGUGCAGCGUGCUUGUGAGGCCAUGAAGACUUGUUUCACAGAUAUUAGAACCUUUGAGAUCCUUCUUCGCACGUAUGAAGUACGAGACGUUGCUCUGAAGAGCCUCACCUCCGAUGAGGCUUAUGUGGGGCCUCUUCCGCAGAAAAGAAGAAUGCCCACAACCCCAGGUGAAAACACGGACUGCCCACAAAGGACUUCCUCCAUUUUGGUUAGGCCAUGCAGCAGUGCUAGAGGGCACACGGGGUACUUAACCUUUGCAAGGCUUUGCGUGUGAUAGGCAAGCAGAGUCGUAAAAUAGGUGAGUGUAAGGAUUAGUUGAUGACAAAAGUUGAUAGGAAAUUACACUCCAUUUUUUAGAGACUGUAUCUUUUGAUACGUUGUUAUAUCCUAGGCAUGGCCGAAUGCUGUCCGGGCAAGGUUUGUGCUCGCUGUAACUUAACAUCUCUCUUUUCUGAGAACCCUGAAAAUUUGCGAGUCACAG